CGGCGGCGGCCGCUGCCGCCGCGGAUGCAGAUGCAGAAACGGGCGGGGGCUCCGAGGGGAACCCGGACUUUCCUAUGGCCUCGCUGUACGUGGGCGACCUGCACCCUGAGGUGACGGAGGCAAUGCUGUAUGAGAAGUUCAGCCCGGCCGGGCCCAUCCUCUCCAUCCGCAUCUGCAGGGACAAGAUCACCCGCCGCUCGUUGGGCUAUGCGUAUGUCAACUACCAGCAACCGGUGGACGCCAAGCGGGCCUUGGAGACCCUGAACUUUGAUGUCAUCAAGGGCAGGCCGGUGCGCAUCAUGUGGUCCCAGCGGGACCCCUCGCUCCGCAAGAGCGGAGUGGGCAACGUCUUCAUCAAGAACCUGGGCAAGACCAUCGACAACAAGGCUCUGUACAACAUCUUCUCGGCGUUCGGCAACAUCCUGUCCUGCAAAGUGGCCUGCGACGAAAAGGGGCCCAAGGGCUAUGGGUUCGUGCACUUCCAAAAGCAGGAGUCCGCGGAGCGGGCCAUAGAUGCGAUGAAUGGCAUGUUCCUGAACUACCGCAAAAUUUUCGUUGGGAGAUUCAAGUCGCAUAAAGAACGAGAGGCCGAAAGGGGAGCCUGGGCCAGGCAAUCCACCAGUGCUGACGUCAAGGAUUUCGAGGAAGACACCGAUGAGGAGGCCACCUUCCGAUGAAAACAUCCCAGGAGCGAGCCAGCCAGCAGAGCCAAACCUUGGCUCCCACCCGGUUUACAACCCCACCCCCAUCCCAUUCCCCCCAACCCACCAGCAGUGUAUUGUAUUGGGAGUGCAGGUCUCUCUCUCACCCCUUCCUUCCUCCUUGCUUCUCUCCACCUCUGCCUUCCUGUUUGUCCCUCUCUGUGUCUCUCUUGACUUCCCCCUCCCCUCCCCUCCCCCCACACCCACCUUGGGUGUUGUGAAUAAUCUUGCUAAUCUGUGCCACUUGAUAGUUAAAGGCUGCCUCUUCUCCUUGUGGUUUGGUUUAAAAAGCACUUUCUCUCUUUGUUUAUUGCACAGGUGAUGCAAUGUCAUGGUAGAAACAUCAGGAAGGAGAAGGAAAUGAGAUGAGGGAAAAACCAAGAGAGUAAUUGCUCCUCAUGACCCUACUACCCGGAGACAACCACUUUUACCAUUUUGGUGUGCUGUUUUCCAGGCUCUCUUAUCUCCUCCUCUCUCUCUCACCCUUCCUCACCUCCACCCCGCCUUCCCUUUUAACACAGUGUUAUAGAAUGGUUCAUGUAUGUGGUGUUUCUUAACCUGCUUUUUCAAAAACUAAAACCAAACAAAUGUCAACCCAUUGAACUUCUUUCCAUGUUAUUCAACAGGCUUGAGAAAGGUCAUCUUCAGUGCCUGCAGAGUGUAUCUAUGGACCCUAACAUUUCUGUAACCAUCGCCGCAUUGUUGGACAUUCAGGUGGUGCCUAGUUCUUUCCUGUGUUUAAACCCAGCACUGUGUAUACUCUGAUGAGUGAAUUCUUCCUUGUCAAGCCAAAUCUUUGCUAGCGUACAGGAUGUUCUUAAUUGUGGACUUGCAGGAUCCACAUGUGGACAUUUUAAAGACUGUUCCUGUGUGUUGCCAAUUGGCCCCUUCAUAAGCAUUGUACCAAUUUGUAUUCAUGCCAGUCACCUCAAGUAGUAAAAAUAGUAUGCCCAUUUUCCCUGCAUAGUCUCCUGGUCACUGUAAUUGGUGUGUGUGCGCGUGUGCCUGCGCAUGCGUGUGCCUGUGUCUUGGCCCACUCGAUGGUUGUUUUGCUGAAUUUAAAUACUGUUUAUCACCUCCUUUCCCUGAGCCCACUUUCUGCUCUUUUCCCCAUUCUCAGAAUAAUAAUCCAGCUUCAUUGUCGGAAAAAAAGUUCGCAAGCAGACAAGUCAACAGAAGAAAAUUAAUUUCACAAGUAAUCAGUCUUAAUGACCUCCCUGAAUCAUUUUCUUCUGCAUCUAAUAGUUACUAUGAAGUACAUGAAACAUAUUAGGCUGUAUCUCUCUAGUAUGUUUGUGAUUCAUUUGUCAUGUAUGUAUAUAGUAAUGUACAUAUUGUUUUUAUACUUGCUUUUUGACACCUAAAUAUGUGUGUGUGUGUUUAUACACACAGUACUCUUUAACUUCAUUUCAUUAAAGAUAAUUUAAAAAUAUUAUUUCUGGUUGUUAAUAUUUCAUUGAAUUAAUAACUAAAUGAGUAGAUACAUAUAUGAUAAUUUACUGCCCUUUUUCCUUUUGUCAGAAAAAUUAUUCAGCUUCUUGAAGGAAAAAAGAUUAUGAAGCAUACAAGUUAUCCAUGUCUAUCUCUGUGUUCGUGUUUAUACAUGUUUUAACUGUUUCCUUAAUGUUGCACUUCUAGGUUGUUGCUCAUUUUUCCUUAUACAAAGCUAUCUAGUGAAUUAUAGUACACAAAUCUUGCUCACUUUCCAGAUCAUUUCCUAAACAAAUAUUGAAGAGAGAAAAAUUUAAGUAUCAAAUUAUACGGGCAGUUUGGUGGCGAAGUGCAUUAGUAGAUGAUCAUCUGUAAAGAUAGUAUUUUAUAUUUGUAAGAUGCACCAGAUAUUGUAAGGGACCUAGAUUACCUGUAUUGUUUUCUGCACUUUGUAUUGCAGUCAUUUCUGUAUUUUCUCUAUAUUUUAUCAGGGAAACAGGAGCUUUUUUGUUUUUAUUUUAGGCAUAUUUUAUACAGUCUGUACACGAAUAUAAUAGAAAGUAUUUUUGUUUAUAUAGCAAAAGUCACUCCUAAUACCACUGCUUGACAAAAUACAUUUUAAAUACAUAAAUAUCUGUAUGUUGUUGUUGUUCAGUCACUAAGUUGUGUCCA